GAUCACGUGAUCGAAGAUCGACUUCUUCGUUUGUGGCCACGAGGUUUUGUGGUGAAAAUUAAGUUUACCGGGUGGAAAAAGCCCCCUAUUUUUGUAGUUAUACAAAAAUGCCCUCCAGCAACCCAUUGCCACCAAAAGAAAAUGCCUUGUUUAAGCGAAUUCUGAGAUGCUAUGAACACAAGCAAUACAAAAAUGGGUUGAAGUUUGCAAAGCAAAUCCUGUCAAAUCCCAAGUUCAGCGAACAUGGAGAGACCUUGGCGAUGAAAGGUCUCACUCUGAACUGCUUAGGCCGCAAAGAUGAAGCUUAUGAUCAUGUACGUCGAGGCCUCAGAAAUGACCUACAGUCCCAUGUUUGCUGGCAUGUCUAUGGUCUCCUACAGCGCUCUGACAAGAAGUACGAUGAGGCUAUUAAAUGUUAUAGAAAUGCACUCAAAUGGGAUAAGGACAAUAUUCAAAUUCUUAGGGAUCUAUCGUUGCUUCAAAUUCAAAUGCGGGAUCUGGAGGGCUAUAAAGAUACUAGAUACCAGUUGUUCAUGUUACGUCCUACUCAACGAGCCUCUUGGAUUGGUUUUGCUAUUUCAUAUCAUUUGUUGAAAGAUUAUGAGAUGGCAUUGAAAAUUUUAGACACUUUUCGAAAUUCUCCAAUGAUUUGUUAUGAUUAUGAACACAGUGAAUUGUUAUUGUAUCAAAAUAUGGUCAUCCAAGAAUCAGGAGAAUGUGAACAAGCGUUAAAACAUUUAGACAAGUAUAGUGAUCAAAUUUGUGACAAGGUCACUGUAAAAGAGACUUAUGGUAAACUAAGACUUCAAUUAAAGCAGUAUGCAGAAGCAGAACAAGUAUACAAGGAGUUAUUAGAUAUUAACCCCGAAAACACAACAUAUUAUACUAGGCUAGCAGAGGCUGAAAGACAUACCUCACCAAGAGACACAUUGCAUAUGCUCCAAAGAUAUGAAGAGCUCUUCCCUCGAGCGUUAGCACCGCGCCGUUUACAACUCAAUUAUGCAAUAGGAGAUGAAUUUAAAGUUUUAGUUGAUCGAUAUUUACGGAAAGGGCUUCAUAAAGGUGUGCCACCGUUAUUUGUGAACCUUCGUUUAUUAUAUACUGAUAAAGAAAAGGUCGAAAUCAUAUCAUCUUUACUUAUACAAUAUAAAGAGGCGUUAAAACUUCACGGCCAUUUUAGUGAUCAAGAAAAAGAUAACCCAAGAGAACCAGCAUCUGCUUUAUUGUGGACAUACUAUUAUCUAGCGCAACAUUAUGAUUAUCUCGGUGAUACAGAAAAGGCAUUAAUUGAAAUUGACGCUGCCAUUGAUCAUACUCCUACACUUAUAGAACUUUUUGUUACCAAAGGACGCAUUUAUAAACAUGCAGGAAAUGUUCAAGAAGCUUACAAGUGGCUUGAUGAGGCGCAAGGGUUAGAUACAGCAGAUCGAUAUAUUAACUCUAAAUGUGCCAAGUACAUGCUUCGUGCGAAUCUUAUUAAAGAAGCGGAAGAGACUUGCGGAAAAUUCACGAGAGAAGGCGUUUUAGCUAUGGAAAACUUAAAUGAGAUGCAGUGCAUGUGGAUUCAAACGGAAGCAGCAAAUGCAUACAAACGCCUUGGAAAAUAUGGAGAGGCAUUAAAGAAAUGUCAUGAAGUUGAUAGGCAUUUUUCGGAAAUCAUAGAGGACCAAUUCGACUUUCAUACAUAUUGUAUGCGGAAGAUGACGUUACGAUCUUAUGUGGGUCUACUGAGGCUAGAGGAUGUUCUUCGAGCUCAUCCCUUUUACUUUAAAGCAGCGAAAUGUGCAAUGGAAGUUUAUCUACGACUUCAUGAUUACCCUUUGCCAGAUCCAGCACAGACACAAGAAAUCGACACUGAAAACUUGGCGCCAUCCGAAUUGAAGAAGCUAAGAAACAAACAGAGAAAACAACGCAGAAAGGCAGAAUUGGAACGACAACAAGCCGCUCAAGCUCAGGAAAAAAGAGAGCAGCACAACAAAUCUCGACAACAAAAUGAUCCUGAUCUCGAACAACCUACACUAGACGAAUUAAUUCCGGAAAAGCUGGAAAGGGUCGAAGAUCCUCUGGAACAAGCAAUAAAGUUUCUGCAGCCGUUGCAAGAACUGGCGUCGAAUCGAAUAGAAACACAUCUUAUGGCUUUCGAAAUAUAUAUUCGCAAAGGUCGCACUCUUCUCAUGCUACGCUCCAUAAAACGCGCUCAUAGACUGGAUGCGAACAAUCCAGAUUUGCAUACGUGUUUGGUGCGUUUUCUAUUGCAUACCAGCAAGGUGCCGUUGGAAGGAGCAGUAGGUGAAGUAGUAAAACGUCAGACUGUCGGAAUCUUCUCCAGUACAAAGCCGGCUCAAUUAAACUCCGAAUACUUGAAGAAGAGUAGGAAUUCGCUGGCGCAUCUGUUGCAAGCCGCCAGGAUGUUAUAUGUCCUGGACCCGUCCGCACAGGCGAGAGCGCUAUCCCUUGUGACUAACAUCGAGAAUUUGGAAGGCGUGACAUUGCAGAACUGCACAAAGGUGCUCGAGGCAUUGCGUAACGGCGACUUUGGACACUGCGACGAUACGAUAGCCGAUUACAUGGCGAAAUGUCACGUGCGGUUCCCAUUCGCUACCGCGUUUCGGCCGCCUGAGCCGAAAACCAACAAUCAUCAAGAAAAAGAGAACUCGAUUAAAAACUGAUCCAGGCACGCGCUAUUGCAGCGUCACUGAAUCGCUAUCGUAGUUAGCGAGUCAAUGAAAAGCAGGUGUGCGAAGCGUCCUAAUCUGCGUUAGAGAACUUAAAAUCAUAUUUUAGGUGUCGUGACAAAAAGAAAUGAAGCGAAAUUGGCGAAAUAACCAAUCGAGUAAAACAUGUGUUAUACAAGAACUGGUUCCUCGAGAGUAUUUCGCACUACGUGCGAACAGUGCUAGAACAAUGCUGGAUAAACAAUCUUAAUAAAUUACAAUACGACGCGGACCCAUCUAUGAUUUUUAAUGUGGUCCGAAAUGUUAUGAGGAUAAAAAAGGGAAAAGAGGUGACGACUUAGCUAAAUAUUAGUUAACAAUCGAGAUCAACUAUUAAUUUGAUUCACGUUCUACUUAUUGUGGGUGGCAACGCUAAACGCGAAGAGAGGAAUGGAGAUCAGAACGGGAGGGAUGUAGUCGACAAAAGUGCGGAUUGUUUUGUGUACGAGACGUGCAGUGUGUAAAAUAA